GUGUCUGGUGACGUGGUCGUCGUUUUGGCGCUCCCCCUCCUCCUCCUUCUUCACCCCCUCCGGCCUCUCCUCCCUUUCUCGCUCUUCUUUCUGCCGAAGCCAAAGCCUCUUUCACGCUGUCUUUCUUGAGAGAGAAACUCCACAGACUAACCGCCUAGCAGUCUGAUUAGCCUUGUCUAACCUCAAUAUUUCUUCCCGGAAUUUGAGGAUAGUUUGCAGCGGCGAGGAUUUUGUCUUUGUUUUGCCAAUUCAAUUUGCCCUUUCUUUAUUCUUCUCUCGGUUCCCUCAUCGCUACGUGUCGAGAACACCUGUCUGUCUGUCAGACCUAUAUCUCCAGGUCCCAGUUCACUCCCUCGGCAAAUACUCUAACCAUGACCUUAGAUUUGUGACAUCAGCUUGUGAGAUGAACAGCCAAAGAUCGUCUCAGUUGCAAGAAGACCAUGCUUGAAUUGAAAUCCUGGAAUUGCCAUUCUGUACUGCUCAUCUAGGUCGCCUCUAAAAAUUGACUGAGUCAGUACUUUCCAUUUCGCGCUCAUUACCAUGGGAAACAGUGAAGAAGGGAAAUCAACUAAAACUGAAAAACCUUCUUCACCUGUAGCAGUGGACCAUGCUAAUCAAGGCAGCCAGACUAACAUUCAUGUCUAUCCUGAUUGGGCGGCCAUGCAGGCAUAUUAUGGGCCAAGAGUCUCCAUACCACCAUACUAUAACCCAGCUGUGAGUUCUGGUCACCCUCACCCAUACAUGUGGCCGCCACAGCCCAUGAUGCCACCACCAUAUGGGACUCCUUACGCAGCAAUUUAUUCACAUGGAGGUGUUUAUCCUCAUCCUGCAAUUCCAAUAGGGCCACAGUCACAUGGUCAAGGAGUUCCAACCUCACCUGCAGCUGGAACUCUUUUGAACAUAGAGACACCAACAAAAUCUUAUGGAAUCACUGAUCAGGGUUUAAUGAAGAAAUUGAAGGGGUUUGAUGGACUUGCAAUGUCUAUCGGAAAUGGCAAUGCCGAAAGUACUGACCGUGGAGCAGAAAACAGGCUCUCGCAGAGUCUGGAUAGUGAGAGUUUCAGUGAUGGAAGUGACACCAACACUGCAGGGGCUAAUCAAGCAAAAAAGAAAAGAAGCCGUGAGGGAACACCAGCUACUGCAGAUGGAGAUGGCAAGACAGGGAGACAAGCAAAUCCAGUUUCCAAAGCAGGUGGAGCUUCUAAUAAGAUGACAUCAAUUACCCCAGCCACUGUUGUUGGAACAGUAGUUUCUUCUGGUAUGACAACAGCGUUGGAGCUAAGGAACCCAUCUGUUCUUUCAACACAUUCCCCGAGUAAUCCAAAGCCUUGCGCAGUAGUGCCUCCUGAAGCUUGGAUACAGAAUGAGCGUGAUCAGAAACGGGAGAGGAGAAAGCAAUCAAAUCGGGAAUCUGCAAGACGGUCCCGCUUAAGAAAGCAGGCCGAGACUGAAGAACUUGCACGAAAAGUUGAAUCCUUGACAUCUGAGAAUAUUACAUUGAAAUCAGAAAUAAAUCGAUUGACCGAAAGUUCGGGGAAACUUAAGAUGGAAAAUGAGACAUUGAUGGAGAAACUGAAAAAUGCUCGAGGACAGAAGGAUGGAAUCAUUUUGACACCUAGUACAGAAAAUUUGCUAUCCAGGGUUAACAAUUCUAGUUCUUGUGAUAAUAAUAGAACUAAGGAGGGUGAGAACGCUUUGUGUGAGAAGAAGCCGAACUCAGGAGCAAAGUUGCAUCAACUAUUGGACACGAAUCCUAGAACUGAUGCCGUGGCAGCUGGCUGAUAUCAGAUUAAAAAAGCAGUGAUUAUAAUAUAUUUGGUUCUAAUCAUGUGUAGUUUUGGCAUAUUAAAAGCCCAAAAUUACUACUGCUAACAGUUGGAUUUAGGAUUUUGAUGUAGCAAGACCAGAACUGAUUCUUUUACUCGUCAGUUUCUUGGAGCAAAAACUGAGGACUCCACUAGAAUUGACAGCAGUUGAUGACAAUCUGAAAAGCUUGUAAAUUGAAGAGGUUUAGAAUUGAGGGCAUUGUUGUAGUUGAACCCUUUUGUUGAUGGUUGUGAGUGCAUGAUUGGUGCAGGCCUUGCGAUGAUCAGUACCCCUCUGCUGACGCGGCAUAGCGAUAUAAUUAUGACCUGCGUAUUUAAUCAUUUUCAA